UUAGUGUAAACAUUAGUCUAGUUUAUCGGAAUGUUUUGACCGCCCAUUCAAUAUCAAGGGAUUUACACCUUGUAAGCAUUUAACCCCCUUAAUUAGGAAGUGAUUACGUUUUCGUGACUUUGCGAACAAUCUCUUAACCUGCAUACCCUGACUUAGAUUACGAAAGUUUGAGAACUAGGUCCUCCAUUUUUUGCUAUUCAUCAUCAAUCAUAAAACAUGGUCUUCUCGGUGUAAACUGUUAUACAACGCCACAAUAACACAUGUACCGAUAAGGCCAGUUUCAGUGACAAUGUUUUUGAUUCUACUUUGUUUGACCAUAACGUCUGUGUCCAGUAGCUGGACAAACCAGGAUGUUGCCAUCAACAUCAACCAUCCAUUUGCCUACAUUGGUGACGGUGGAAUCAGAAUACGAUGUGAGGCAAUUGGCACAAAAAUCAGAAAGGCAGAGUGGAUGACGAUUCUACUGGAGGGACAUUUCUACGAGAGACCUUUGGUUAACAUGGUGAGGACCCCAAACAAUAGCCACACCUUUGAGUGGGGGGAUGAGUUCAAUGUCACCGAUCUACAACAGAGGAUGACGGUGAACGGAAGCUUGGAGGGUCUUCCGUCCUUGGUAUUGGACAUUUAUUCCGCUAAAAUUGAAGAUGGUGGAAGAUAUACGUGUAAUUAUGGAGGUUUGGAUGCCAACAACCAUAUGCUAGAGUUUCACGAAUCGGAGGAUUUCUUUGUACAGUACCAUAUAAUUCAAAGCAAUAUAACUGGUGCUCUAUCAUUAAACAAAGAUGUGGUUAUUACCAUAAACAUGCUAUCGGCUUACAUUGGUGAAUCUGGGCUUCGUGUAAGAUGCGAAUCGCCAGGCAAUGUGAUCAAAAAGCCAGAAUGGAUAUCAAUAAUGAUCGAGGGUCACAUGUACCAGCGACCAAUGGCCUACAUGUUCAAAGCUCUAAACAGCACAAAAAGCACGUUCGAAUGGAGCGAAGAAUUCAACAUUACGGAUCUAGAUAAUCGAAUUGCCUAUUCAGGAGAUUUGCAGAGUCACAACUCCUACAUGGAACUAGAGUUUAAAGAAAUAAAAUGUGAGGACGGCGGUCGCUACACGUGCCUAUUCAACGGUUUGAACUCGAAUGGAAACGUGACCCAAUAUAUCAGCUCAGGCGAUUUUGUAGUCAAAUCCUUAAAUGGAAAACCAUCAAUUAAGGACAACAAAGGCCAACUAAUUCCCAAUAACACUGUAUACCAUAUAAAUCCGGGUAAAAACCUUUAUUUCAACUGUGAAGGGAUAACUGGAAAACCAAAGAUACCCAUCAUAUGGACAGAAUCCAACGGAACAACUGAAAGAGUGUUAAAGGGGGAAGAUGGGGUGACACCAGAGAUGGAUAACAUUCCUAAUGAUGAUCUCUGCAGAUUUCAUUCCACAGUCCAUCUGUAUUUCACAAUGCCUAAUACUAGUAUUCCCGUAACACUCGCUUGCAAAAUAGCGUUUGCAAUAACUCAGAUUCAAUUAGUGCCAACGGGUUAUCAUACCCAAGCACCUCAUAUCACCCAAAAACCAACAACAUCACAACCUACGUCCACUACACCAACAACUUCAACACUUAAAAGAACGACAACAAUAACAACCACAAUAAUGCCACCUUCUACAAAAACAACAAGACCUCAAACAACAAUUUUGGCCACAACAACAACAACUACUACUCAAACAACAUCAACGACUUCUCCACCAACAACGACUGCUCCAACAACAAUAAUGACUAAUCCAACAACAACAUCAACAACUACUACUUCUCCAACAACGACUAAUCCAACAACUACGACUAAUCCAACAACAACACCAGCAACGACUACUACAGUUCCAACAACUACUGCUCCAAAAACACAACCAACAACUAACAAUCCAACAACAACCAUAACUAAUCCAACAACUACGACUUAUCCAACAACAACACCAAUAACGACUACUACAAUUCCAACAACUACUGCUCCAACAACACCACCAACAACUUCCUCUCUAACAACAACCACCAAUCCAACAACAUCGAACACUCAAACAACGAAUUCUCCAACAACAACAAAGACAACAACCACUACAAAACCAACAACAAACACUACUUCUCCAUCAACAAUAAAGAAUUCUUCACAGACAACACUGACAUCUACACCAACAAAAGCAUCUCAGAAGGUUCCAUCAAAAUCCCAAACAAAUACUUCAACAUCAGUUACUAACAAACUUCCAACUCUGAUACAUACAACAGACCCGACAACCCCGUUAAAAUUGGUCCCAGGCAGCAACCCAGCUGCAUCAAUAUCCCAUGCAUCAAAUUCCACCCAUCAUAAAAUGAGAGACUUUGAAGGAAAAGCACCUUUACUGAACAUACUGUCAGCCAAGUCAAAGAAGUAACAGGUCCUCCAGCAUUAAAAGGGGGGUUUUCUGGAGUCCAUGUUUUGAAGAAACAGAAAACAGAAAGACACAAUGAAUGAAAAUUGUCACAGAAGCAGUUUAGAUGAAAGUCAACUUCAUGAAAUUUAUCUAUUUAAUUUUCAAUUAACUUAUCCCAUU